AUGUCGUACUCCCUCCGCGGUAAGCACUGCAUCGUGACCGGGGCCACCGGCUCAAUCGGCUUCCGUAUCGCGGCCGCCUUCGCAGAGCAGGGCUCCGUCGUAUCGCUCGUCAGCCGGUCCGCGCCUGAUGCCCGAGCCAAACUUGAGCCGCAGCUCGUGCCUUUCAAGCCGGACCCGGACACGUAUGACUCCGAGGAUCCGCCUCCGUCAGCCCAUCGCUUCUUGCAUCUGGAUGGCACAAGACCUGUCGCGUUCCAGGGCUUCUUUGGCGCCACUGCUGGCCGCGCCGAUAUUCUUGUCAAUUGCGCUGGCAUCAGUCAAACCUCCUUCUUAAGGAGGACUUAUGACAGUGACAUCACAAAAAUCCUUGAAACUAACCUCAGGGCCACAAUACUCGCCUGCAAAUACGCCAGGAUGAAACACAAUGGCAUGUAUAAUACUGCUUACCUUCAACUACAUUAUCUCACACUAAUUCUCCAAGGAUGCAUUAUCAACAUCUCAAGCCUUAUGGCGAAUAAAGACGGAGCUGGUGCUUCGGUGUACGCCGCUUCAAAAGCUGGCGUUGUCGCUUUCACCCGUGCCCUGACUACUGAGUUCAGGCCUCGAUCCAUUCGCGUCAACGCCUUGCUGCCAGGUUGGAUAGAGAGUCAAAUGUGGGACGGCGCCCUUCGCCCAUGUGAAAAGGAGGUGAAUGUUGAUGUGCAACACCCGGUUUUAGAUCUCCUGCCAAAUAUAAAAAACAAAUACCUCGAAGAGUGCCCUGCGCAUCGUGCAGGAACUCCUGAUGAGGUGGCUGACGCUACGAUCUUCCUGGCAAAGAAUCAAUUUGCCAAUAAUUGCGUCCUAAACCUUGAUGGUGGUUUAAGCGCUACAUAG